GAGAGAGAGAGAGUGAGAGAGAGAGCGAGAGAGAGAGAGACAGAGGGCGGAGCAGCUGUACACUUUAAAACACACUGUAAUUUAAUGAAUGGACCUGGAAGUUUAGGAAAGUAACUCAGCUGCGUGCGACAGACGAAACAACCAGAAAGAAAUCUUGUUUAAAGAUGGUUUAACUCCUAUAACCACUUAUAAACCUACGUCAUCUGUCGUAAACCUCCCAGAGGGAGUUAGAGUGAGUUUAAUUAAAUGCCUUCAAAGGACAAAACAGUGGCUCUGGCCAAGCUGCUGCACAGAGACUGCACCCAGUUACUGGACUUAUACACUGCCCGUGAAUCUCUCAUGUCUAACUCUGUGUCUGAGUCACAGUUGGUGUCCAUCCCUCCAUUAACAUCUCAACUCUCCCCCUCUGAGAAAAUCUGCUUCCUGCAGGCAGCUCUUCGAAAGUGUCUCCAUCUGCUGGACAAAGCCAUAACCCACGAGGAUGCCAUCUUCCCUGAAAGACCUGAGGAUGAAUACUCAAAACAGAGAAAGACUGUCAGAGAGCGACUGAACUACCUGGUGUCCAGCACAGAGCGCCUCCUGGUGGAGGGAAAGAGGUGUGACGCUGAGGCAAAGGACUUGGUGGAUAGUGGAGUGUUUGCUUUGAAGAAAUGGAUCCUCCAGGUUCUGCAGGAUGUUCUGUACUGGUCCAACAAGACAGCUGAAACUCUCCAGACUCUGCCUGCUCUCAAGGCCAUGAAACCAACGAGAAGAAGAAGAGCAGCAGGAAAGAAGGAGGCACGCAAACUACGCAAAUAAACUUCUACUGUGUGUGUGUGUUUGUGUGUGUGUCUGUCUGUGUGUGUCUGGGUGUGUCUGUGUGUCUGUCUGUGUGUGUCUCUGUGUAUUUCUGUGUGUCUGUGUUUGUGUGUGUAUUUCUGUGUGUCUGUGUGUGUCUGUGUGUGUGUCUGUGUGUGUCUGUAUGUGUCUGUGUGUGUGUCUGUGUGUGUGUGUCUGUGUGUGUUUGUGUGUGUGUUUGUGUGUGUGUCUGUCUGUCUGUGUCUGAGUGUGUCUGUGUGUGUCUGUGUGUCUGUCUGUGUGUGUCUGUGUGUAUUUCUGUAUGUCUGUGUGUGUGUGUUUGUGUGUAUUUCUGUGUGUGUCUGUGUGUGUGUCUGUGUGUGUGUCUGUAUGUGUCUGUGUGUGUGUCUGUGUGUGUGUGUCUGUGUGUGUGUCUGUGUGUGUCUGUGUCCUUGUGUGUGUGUCUGUGUGUGUGUGUGUGUGUGUGUGUGUGUGUGUGUGUGUCUGUGUCCUUGUGUGUGUGUCUGUGUGUGAGAGAGAGAAAAAAAGAGAGAGAUAAAUAAACCACAGCUGAUCCACUUUAGUCCACUUUACUAAGCUAACACACGAGUUCCACCUUUACUGAGCUACAAAACCAAUCACAGUGAACUUUAAGGGAUUUUUACUUUAAAUAUUUUACGCUACUUUGUCUCCCUCUACCGGACAAAUCACGCCAUAACAAUACAAAUAAAGGAGCUUUACAUCUUUUCUCAUUCUGUAGCAUAAACCAGGACGAUAUUGUACAAUUCUUCAAACUUCUAGGGUAUCUGAAAUUUGAUUUCUGUGUUGUAUUGAGUUACUCAACAUGGAUAAUGUGUGUAAAAUAUGGUGUUAUAUCAGUUCAAAUAGCCCUUUCCUGGAUAAUCACUGCAGCUAGUGAGUUUCUCAAUAUCAACUCUUUUAUUCACAUAUUAUAAAGGUGCAGUGACUGUAGAAAUCAGACCGAAUGAUCAACAGACAUCAACAGAAAAAUCUCCUUCCGAUUAGAUUUACACUUUAAUUGCACUUAGCAUUUAAUUCCUGUAACUCACUCAGGAGUUGUGUUCAUAUUAAAAUAAAAACUCCCUAAAAAAGUAUGUUUUUUUUAUCGAAUCAAAACACUGCCCUAACUUUAUUAAAUAAAAAAAAGUUGUUAAGUGUGUUAAGUAAAAUUAAUUUAAUAAAAUACCGCAACUGUGAAGAACGUAAAUAAUUACAUGAUGCACAAAUCAUGCAUUUCAUUAGUUAUUAACUUGUUUGUUUAUUACAUUUCCAAAAUUAUUUCAAUGACAUGGCUUUAAAAUGAUCUGAAAUAAGAAUAAUAAUAAAACGGUUGGCUUGUAAACUCUUGUUAUGAACAAGAAAGUUAAAAGAAAGUUGCCUAAAGUUACAAGUUUAUUCCAGAAAACCUAACAGCUUUUUGAACAUCAGUAUUGUGUUUUUAUUCCCUAAAUAUCAAAAUAUAUGACUUUGUUCAUCAGUGACACCAAAACACUGUUGUACUGAUGAGUAAGGUGACGUAAACCAUCACGAUCUCAUGUUUGUAAGUUUGAUCUAGAGAGCAAGGCGAACUACUAGCGAAAAACUAGCGAACUGUGACGGAGUGAUGUAUAUGUUCUCCUUAAAACAACAUGUUUAUUGACAGCUAAAACGUUUUUAUAAAAUAGCCGUAGAAUAGAACAAAAACACACUGAACUAUUUCAUUCCACAUGAUGAUAAUUAUGUGAUCUUUCAGUGUAUGUAGCUAGAACUUAGAUAGCUUGCUAUUAGAAUCUAAUCUGAGAAUGUAGCAGUGCAAAGCAGAGCCACAAGGGACAACAGUCACAGUCUUUACAUUGCAGCAGGUGACACUUAAAAUCUUUCUGCUCGUCUCUCUCAUUUCUGCUGCUUUUAUUCUUCUGUUUGAGAACCAAAGGUGAAAUUGUGAUACUUUAACAGAUGGGCAAGCAUGUUCUCGUCCUCCUUCUCCUCCUUCUCCUCCUUCUCUUCACCUUUACUGAUGGUUCAUCUGAAUAUACUGAGCAUAUAUCUGAGAGCUUUAUCUAAAAUACUUAUAUAGAGAUGGUUAUAUAAAACAUAAAGACCUUCAUAUGAUGUUAGAAAUCGAGUGUACACUCCUGUGACUACUGAUAUAAUGAUGUCUGAUAUCUUCGCUAAUUUCCUGGUGUUAGAUUUUUCACAGCAUCACUAAUAACUCUAUGAUUCAUCAGUAACCUUACAGAUCACAUUAUAUGUAGACAUUAACUCAAGUAUUAGCCUUUAGCACAAUGUCUUUAUGAUGAUGUAAAUGUAGCUUAUCUGUUAUUGUGGGUCAAAAAGUUUGUUUUUGUGUAUCUUUUUUAUGUACAUUUAAGUAUGCAGACGUGUGUGUAUUUGUGUGUGUGGUGUGUAUGUGUGUGUGCAAGUGUGUAGUGUAUCUGUUUGUCUGUCUAUGUGUGUGUGCAUGUGUGUAAUGUGUGUGUGUGUGUAAGUGUGUAAUGUGUGUGCAUUUGCAAGUGUGUAGUGUGUAAAAUGUGUUUGUAUGUUUGUAUGUGUGUGUAGUGUGUGUAUAGUGUAUGUGUGUAAAUGUGUAGUGUGUGUGUGUAAGUGUGUAGUGUGUGUAUAGUGUAUGUGUGUAAAUGUGUAGUGUGUGUGUGUAAGUGUGUUGUGUGUAUAGUGUAUGUGUGUAAAUGUGUAGUGUGUGUGUGUAAGUGUGUAGUGUAUGUGUCUGUUUGUCUGUCUGUAGAUUUUCUUUGCUGCUAAUUAAACGUUAGCAUGAAUCUGUUCUCGAGCUGCUCAGUAAACACUUUUAUUUCUGUCUGCAGCCUGUUAGAGAAUUUUAACUGAAUAUUGUUUUAAUGCCUGAGUGGUGUGAUAUCUUCAGUUAGUCAUAUAGAGAUUAGCACCAUGAGUGUUUCAUUCCACGUACACCACAACAACUCACCAGGGCUACACGUUUAUUCACUGCAGAAGAUUUUGUAAAAUUUAUUUAGAUUUACAUAUUUAAUGUAGCUGAAAUAUCCUGGACACUGUUAUCACUUCUGUUAUCACUUCUGUUAUCACUUCUGUUAUCACUUCUGUUAUCACUUCUGUUAUCACUUCUGUUAGCAUCGGUGUUACAAAACACUGACACUGGAGUCAAAAUGGUAAAUAAAUGUUUACUUAUAAAAUA